AAGACCCUGUGGGGGCCUCCGGACUGCAGCUUCGACGUGCCUGACUCCACAAGGCCCCAAGGCUCAGCUGUUACUUGGCCUCCCAGAAAGAUGGAUAGGAGAAAUGACUACAGUUAUAGGAUGUCCCCAUUCCAGUCCAAGCAUCUGAAUGGUGAUGAGAGAAAUGGAAGUAAUUACAAGUGGAUCCCAUGGAGCUGGAGGCCUCUUCCACCCCAAGAUGUGGCCAUUUUGCAAGAAAGGGCAAAUAAGUUGGUGAAAUACCUAUUGGUUAAAGACCAGACAAAGAUCCCCAUCAAGCGCUCAGACAUGCUGAAGGAUAUCAUCCAAGAAUAUGAUGAAUAUUUCCCAGAGGUCAUUAAAUGAGCAAGCUAUGCUCUGGAAAAGAUGUUUCGAGUCAAUCUGAAGGAAAUCGAUAAACAAAGUAGCUUAUAUAUUCUCAUCAGCACUCAGGAACGCUCCACAGGCAUACUGGGAACGACCAAGGACAUACCCAAGCUAGGUCUUCUCAUGGUGAUUCUGAGUAUCAUUUUAAUGAAUGGCAACAAGGCCAGUGAGGCUGUCAUCUGGGAGGUGCUGUGCAAGUUGGGGCUGUGCCCUGGGGUGAGGCAUUCAUUCCUUGGGGAAGUGAGGAAGCUCAUCACAGACAAAUUUGUGAAACAGAAAUAUCUGGAAUACAAGAGGGUCACCAACAACAGUCCAGCUGAAUAUUAGUUCUUCUGGGGCUUGCACUCCUACCAUGAGACUAGCAAGAUGAAAGUUCUCAAGUUUGCAUGCAAGGUGCAGAAGAAAGACCCCAAGGACUGGACUGCUCAGUACUGGGAGAUGGUGGAGAUGGAAGUCCAAGCUCAGCUGUGGCUGUGGCUGAGGUUGAGGUCAGGGCUGAGUGGUUCCAAUGCCAGCACUGGCUUUACUGGUGAACCGAGCACUGGCACAGGCUUCAGUAGUGGAACCAGUUCUAUUAUGGGCUUUAGUGGUGGACCAAGCACUGGUGCUGGCUUCUGCACUGGACCAAGCACCAGUGGCUUCAGCAGUGGACUGAGCAGCAGUGCUAGCUUUGGUGGUGAACCAAGCAGCAGUGCUGUCUUCAGUGGUGGACCAAGUACUGGUGCUGGCUUUGGUGGUGGAGCCACCAGCCUUGGUGCCUGUGGCUUCUCCUAUGGCUAGUGAGGUUUCAGGUAACUGCAAUGUGUCCAUAGCCAGAAUCCAUGGGGAUGGGUAUGAGUUGGGAGAUGUUAGGAAAAACACUGAGGUUGGAGGGUGAGGCGGGAAGAUGAGGGCAAUGAAGGAAGUAUGAGAAAACAGUACAUUUGGUGUUAAACUGCAUUUCUGUUUGGUGUUUUGUUUUCAAGUUUAUGCCCGUGUUUACAGAUAUCGCUAAUGAAUUGCAACAGUCCUUCCCAUGGAGCCAAAGUAUAUCCUUGGAAUCUGUCCACAUAGCAGUCUAAGCAGCUUCUACUGA